AAAUCUCCAUAAAAAAAUGAAAAAAACUUCACAACUUUGGAGUUAGCAAGCAAGGGCAAUUUCGUCAGAUAGAUAAGAACCUCACCGACGAACCCCAACUUCCCUUGCCUCCCUGUUUUCCUUCCUCUCCAAGCUCACAUCCUGUGUUUUAAUUUUCCCUCACUUUCCCUCACUUUCUCGCAUUUUCCUUCAAAAUCUCUAUAUUCUGCCAAAUUUCUCUGCUCGUCUAAAACCUCAGCUUCUUGACCUGUCCAAUUUUUCCGCCAUGUCCGUCAGUAGGGUUUUGAGUCGUGUCUCGAGGACAAUCCCCAGGAGCUCCUUGCUCCUCUCUUCUUCUCCGCAAAAGCACUACAUGUCGAUCCUCGCCAACCAGUCCAACUCCCUCCUUUACGAGACUCCCAGCAAGCUGGUUCCACGACAGGUUUCGUUAUUCCAUCAUUCAGCAAUCAAUCCUUCCGUCUUUCAAAGGUUUGGAAUGUCUUCAUCUGCAUCCCCUGAGCCUUCACAAAAGGAUCAUGGGAGCACUGGAGAAAAUAGUGGUGUUUCUACAAAUGGGGAGUCUGUAAAAGCUGACGCUAAAGUCUCUGCUCAACCUGAAGAUUCGGGCUCUGGAGAGGGUGAUGGAGCAAAUCAGAUGAAAGAAUCAGGUUCUAUAUCAGAAUCCCAAUCUAAAAUGUCUCAAACUGUGAAAAGAAGGAGAAGAGGUACUAAACGAACUGCAUUUUCUGAUUCAGAUUCGGAGGGUGAGGGUGAUCUUUCCAUGGAUGAUCUGGUGAAGCUUGUAGCAGAAAAGGAAGAACUAUUAAAGUUGAAGCAUAAAGAGAUUGAAAAAAUGCAAGAUAAAGUUCUCAGAAGUUAUGCAGAAAUGGAGAAUGUCAUGGACAGAACAAGACGUGAGGCAGAGAGUACAAAAAAGUUUGCGAUUCAGAAUUUUGCAAAGAAUUUACUGGAUGUUGCAGAUAAUUUAGGAAGAGCUUCUUCAGUUGUUAAAGAGAGUUUUUUGAAGAUUGAUGCAUCUAAGGACUCGACUGGAGCUGUCCCACUUUUAAAAACACUUCUAGAAGGUGUUGAAAUGACUGAGAAACAACUUGCAGAGGUAUUUAAAAAGUUCGGAGUAGAAAAAUUCGACCCUACAAACGAGCCAUUUGAUCCGCAUAGACAUAAUGCAAUAUUCCAAGUACCAGACAGUACCAAGGAUCCGGGCACUGUUGCUAUGGUUCUGAAGUCGGGAUAUACCCUUUAUGAUAGAGUUAUUCGGCCAGCUGAAGUUGGUGUAGCUCAAGCAGUGGAGACUGAGGAAGACGCUGGCAAAUAAUGCAAAGGACAAGGCUUUCAAGCUCGGUGGCUGGUUUGGCUUCUGGAUGUCAUUAAGAAAUUUUGCAUGUGUUUGAGAUGAAUGAAAUAUAAUUAUAAUUUUAUUAGAUUAGUUUUGGAAACAUUUCCGGGUGGCAAUUAUUUCACCUAUUAUGUACAAUCUAAUUUUCCCAUUUUUUUUUAUUUAUCUUUUUCAAUAGUCAUAAAAACCAUGCCGCAAAAGGGCUUGGAUUACUUUA